AUGAAGAUCUUGGAAAUUGUUGCAGUAACCACUCUCUUAUUAUGUACUGGAAUAAAUUCUAUGAAAAAUAAAAAAGUCAAAUGCUAUCGGUGUACAGAUUGUCCGAAUCCAUUUGAAAAGGAACUGGUGACUGAAUUGGCCAAUUGCAACUACUGUCGAACUGUCCACACCUACCGUGAUGAAGAGAAUUAUAGAAUUGAGAAAGAUUGUGUGACAAGUUGUGUUGCUCGAGAUCGUCGUCUAAACAAGAUUGGGAUAGUAACCGAAUGUUGUGAUGAAGACUACUGCAAUUCUUCACAAAAACACAUUUCCAAUUCCUUCUUUGUUAUUCUCAGCUCAGUGCUUAUAAUUCCUUUCAUGAAUAAAAUAUUUUAA